AUGUUACGAUAUAUUGUUUUAUUGCUGGUGCUUUGUGCUGUGGCGCAGACGCAGGCGCUGAAUGUGUAUGCUCGAGCUGCUUUGCCCAGUUCGGAGGAGAUUGACGAGGAGGAGCCGUCGGCCGAGGGACGCGUCUUUUCGAUAAUCAGAGAUUCGGAUAGAGAUCAUCCACCGAGAUAUCCACACUAUCAUGACGAUAGGCCUAUUAUUAUACAGCCGCCGCCGCAACAGCCCUCGUAUCCAGCACCAUCGUAUCCGCCGCCGCAAUAUCCAUCGCAUCCCCCGCCACCGCCACACUAUCCACGUCCACGUCCGCAUCACCACUAUGGAUCCGGUUUUAGCGGCUACGGUUUCCCACCAUUCAUCAACAUCACCUACUCGCCCGUGUUGACCUCAGGCACAACAUCAACUGGCGGCACCACAAGCGGCGGCACCACAACCGGAGACAUCACGGACGGCACACGUUCCGGUUUAGACCAACAACAGUUGAAUUAUUUGACACAACUGUCUCAGCAGCUGCUUGCCCAAUCCAUUGGCUCCCAGCCCCAGCUGCUGCAGUACUCCAGCCCAGUCGCAGCAGUGGCACCCAAUAGUCUAAUCUAUCAGCAGCAGCCACAGCAAUACUAUGCACCGCCUACGAGCCAACUGAUUGCCAUCAAUCUGGACGAGACGCAAGAGGAACUGGAUGAAGUUGAGCCUACCCGACCGAAGACCAAGCCCAAGAGACAGCAGUAUACAGUGCGUCGUUCCCAGAAAUCAAAAAAGAAGAACAAGAAGAACAGGAAUCACACAAAGCUGGUCUAUUUGGCCCUCGAACCGGAAGCCGAAGCGCAAGCUCAGUCCACGGUAAUGGAGCCGCUUGCCUAG